AUGCCUUCAUCGUUUUUCGCCUCCAUAGUUCUACUAGUCCUCAUCCCCUGUGCACACUCUCAUGCCGUUGAUCCCAGUGUGGUGCCCACAACCCUCUUGCAUCACGAACGUCGAGCAAUCGACCAAAGCACCUUACUCGAAAACGGCAAAGCAGCCCAAAAGCUGAAUGCUCAAUUUUCAAGUAUGAACCCUAACUCGCCCUGCAAGACUGGCGACAUGGCUUGUAUCGCCGGCGGUUUCUCACAGUGCGUCAGCGGAAAGUAUGUGGGUGGCCCCUGUGCCGGAGGUUUGAAAUGUUUUGCCAUGCCUCUCCUGUUGAAGAAAGGAACAACCUUGGGAUGCGACACCGAAGAUGAUGCCACCUCCCGGAUCAGCAACACUGGCGCCACUGGCGGUCUCACAGGAAACGGCGGAUCAGACCCCAAGUCUGCCCCUCCCAGUAACUCCACUGCGGCCAGCCCUGCACCAAUUAGUAAGGUUGUGAACGGCACCCAAGCCGACUCAUCGGACUCGGACCCAGACGAAGAUGGCCCUGACGCCACGAUGGCAGACAAUGCCUCGUCGGCCCCCAGCAAAGACCCGAUGAGUGCAGACUCACCUUCCCCAGCUGCUAAUUCAACUGCCGCCUCUGCCUCCAAGUCCGAAUCAGACUCAGAGAAGCAGGACGACUCUGUCACUUCCGGUGAUGACAUGCCCGCAGGUCAAAAUUCAACCACCAAUGCCGCAAACUCGUCUUCAUCUUCGAAUUCCCCCGCGAAACCCAGCUCUGCGGAUAAGCCCAAGCAGGUCGCUGAAGUCGUUGAUUUGGACGAGCAGAACAUCACUGGUCCUUAG